AAAUUUUAAUUAGAUUAACCUAAAUAUUAUUCAAAAUAGUCGGAAGGGAUAAUGUUAUUAAAAAACGCAUAAACUAAUUAAAAUAAUAUGGAAAAUGAGGAUAUGAUUAUCAGCGAGGAUGUCAUAUUGGUUAGUCUUGCCCCCAACAUAAUUGGUUGUUAUAAUCCAGUGCUAAAACAUCCCGGGUUUCAUCGUCCUCUUCAAUUACGAGGGCUUCAGAAUUCGGUUUCGCGGGCGAUGAAUUUGGACGAUCUUAACAAGGUAUGGGAUAUCAAAACCCUGAAAAAGCCUGGAGAAGACGAAGCGAGGAAGAUUCUGGAGAGAAUAGCGAAGCAGGUCCAGCCCAUCAUGCGUAAACACAAAUGGAGGAUCAAAGUUCUCUCCGAAUUCUGUCCGAACAAUCCGUCUAUUCUGGGGUUGAAUGUGGGAGGUGGGGUGCAUGUGAAGCUGAGGCUCCGGAGGCCUAACAGGGAUUGGGAUUUCUUCCCUUUUGAUCAAGUUCUUCAUACAAUGCUUCACGAGCUUUGCCAUAACGUCCAUGGCCCGCACAAUGCCAGCUUCUACAAACUCUGGGAUGAACUCAGAAAGGAAUGUGAGGAGCUGAUGGCCAAGGGAAUAACAGGAAUGGGAGAGGGCUUUGAUCUUCCUGGGAGGCGUUUGGGUGGUUUCUCCCAUCAGCCUCCUCUUUCAUCUCUCCACAGAAGUGCACUAGAGGCUGCAGAAAAGAGAGCACGAUCGGGAUCUCUGCUACCAUCUGGACCCAGACGUCUUGGUGGUGAUAACACUAUUAUGGUUGCACUUAGUCCAAUACAAGCUGCUGCAAUGGCUGCAGAGAGAAGAUUACAGGAUGAUAUCUGGUGUGGGUCUCAGUCUUGCAAAGCUUCUGGGGAUGAAGAAAGUAGUUCAGGUAUUUUACAUGGCUUUGUAUCUUCAGAACAAAGUGGAGGACGCUCGAGGUUAGAUGGUUGUUCCAGUGCACAUUCUGUGGAUGCAAUCCCUCAGAAAAGAAGUCAGGAGUCAGGUCAAAGCUCCCUUUGUCGACCUUCCAAUGAUCAUCUGAAAGCCAAUUUUGUAGAUUUAUCUGUCAAUACUUCAAAAACAAGUUGCAAAUCAGAUACCACUUCAUUUUCUCAACCUACUUGCCAUCCAGAAUCUAAUUUUGUAGAUUUAUCAGGUCCGUUAUCUUCUGAUCUGGGGAGUAGUGUGGAUACAAUACGUGACAGAACACUGAAUCCAGAGGAAUUUCCUAUGUGGGAGUGUGGAACAUGCACUUUAUUGAAUGCUCCAUUGGCUCCAAUGUGUGAGCUCUGUAGCACACAAAAGCCAAAAGAUGUUCAUACAAAGUACAGAGUCUGGUCCUGUAAAUUUUGUACAUUGGAAAACAGUGUGAAGUUGGAGAAAUGCUGUGCCUGUGGUCAGUGGAGAUACUCAUACGGAGCACCAGUGUCGAUCCAAGCACGGAAUCUUAGCACUUGAGGGGUACCUUUCAAAUGGGCAACAAUGAACAAUAUUCCAACCUGGGUAUUUUUUUUACCAAGUUAAAGGAAAAACAGUAAUUUUGCACGUACUUUGUGGUCAAGUUGUUAUGGUUAUUUUCUUGUGUCCAUGUAUUUAUUGUCAAGGAUCGCAUUGCUGUUGUGCAAACUGUUCAUAUAUUAAGAAUAAGCAAUACGUAAACUUUAGAUA